UGUUGGCAGCAGUGGCAGUCCUCACUACUGACCCACGCCUGUUUGCCAAAGUGGUCCCAAUGGAGCAGACCUUCGAAGAAAGUGAGUACUUUGGAGCAUUUCGAUUCAUGUUCUGGCACUUUGGAGAAUUUAAACAAGUGGUGGUGGACGACAGACUUCCUACCCUCAACGGUGAACUCAUAUUUAUGCAAUCCGCACAAAAAGACGAAUUCUGGUCUGCCCUUUUAGAGAAAGCCUACGCCAAGUCAGUCCCUCUGACCAUCCCAGAAUGUGUGGCUGCUACCAAGCCCUCGAGGGAGGCUCAGCCUUGGAAGCCCUCAUUGACUUUACAGGCGGAGUCGGAGAGAGAUUUGACCUAUCAAGAACCUCCUCUAAACUAUUUUCCCAACUCAACUCAGCCCGUGACCCUCACUAGACUGGGACAACAAGUCCAGUUGGUCAGAUUGCGGAAUCCGUGGGGACAGGUUGAGUGGAAUGGUCCGUGGAGUGAUGGGUCACCCGAAUGGGGACUCGUCUCUCCCACGGAAAAAAACCAACUUGAUCUUGUCUGUCAAAAUGACGGAGAAUUCUGGUCGGGUUUUCCGUGAUUUGUAGGAUGGAUUGGAAAGAUUUUACUUCCAACUACUCCAUUGUCGAGGUAUGCAACCUCCAGCCAGAUUCCGUCACGGAUUCCGUGAUCGACCAGUGGAAGGUGACACAAUUCGAAGGGUCCUGGGUCAAAUUUGUCACCGCGGCGGGAAAUAUUAAGUCAAGUAAUUUUUUUUGGUUAUUUUUGAAUCUUAUUUGUCAAAUCCCACGUUUUUGUUUCAAGUUGGAGAGACUCAGCAGAGGACCACGGAAGUUCUCAUUUCGGUCUCUCAGAAAGACCGGAGGAGACUCUUUGCCCAAGGGAAGUCAAUGUUGGCCAUUGCUUUCCACGUUUUUGAGGUAUUUUUUUAAUUAUAUGAGAAUUUUGGCGGGAAAAAACGCCUAGUUGGGAGUUCUGGUCCCUACAGUAAUAAAAGGGAAAUAUCUCAGAGAUUUGAACUCAAAGCUGGGAGUUAUUCCCUUAUAGUCUCCACAUAUGAGCCCAAUAUUCCCGGGGAAUUUUUAGUGAGGAUCUUCAGUGAG